AUUCCUCAGUCGUGCUCCGCGCGUCCAGCGAGCUGCACGCGAGGUGGAUUAUGCGCGCUUCUGUUCCGUGAUUACAGACACGACAAAUCCGCGCGUGUCCCAUUCGUAAAAAAAAAACAAAAAAAAAAAAAAACAAACAAGUGACUUUUCGCUUCACUGAAUUCCGCGCGAUUUCACAUUUCGCCCGUUUCAUGGAACAUCGAUCCAGAGCGUCGUUGGAUUAAACGCAGGAGGGAAACGACGUAACGUAUCGAGAGGCUCGAAGGAUGACAUAGUAUGAAAAAACAAAAAUCAAUCGGCAGCAUGUGCUAUGUGAUAAUCACCGGGCGCAGUUUGCUUUGGACGCUCUUGUCUCUGGCGGCGUUGAUGGCGGUUUUAUCGGGCCUCAUCACUCCGAGAUGGCUCGUAGGACCACCGACGAUUAAGGACACGAAGAACGGCACGGAACUGUACACGCCGACCGUCGGGAUCUUCAAUCGUUGCACGCGACUGUUUGGAAGAACGCACUGCGCGAACUUCAACGUCGACGGCUUCGCGACGGAUCCCAACGUGUUUCCGGGAUGCUGGAAGGCGUCGUUGUUUUUCCUGUCCGCGGGACUAGCGACGAUGUCGGUGACCGUAAUAGCCGCGCUGCUCGGGUGCUGCGUGCAGAGCAUCGGCCGUAAAAGCAUCUUCAAUCUGGCGGGAGUGGCGCAAGCUGUUGCCGGCAUACUGUAUCUCUUCGGGAUGAUUCUGUAUCCCGCUGGUUGGGGCGCCGAGAGAGUGCAGAGAAUCUGCGGUCCCGAGGCCGACGCUUUCUAUCUCGCCAACUGCAACCUUGGCUGGGCGUUUUAUAGCGCGGCGAUCGGCGUCGCUCUCACUUUCGUCUGCGCCGCUUUUAGCGGACAGGCGGAGAAGUCGACGGCCAGCGACAAGGUCCAGGACAAAAUGAACGAAGGAAAGACCCUAAUAUGCUUAGCCUGAGCGCGCAAAUAAAAUCAGCGAGGGGUCUCUCUCGCUCCGUGUCGACGGGUGUCUCGGCACGGAUACGCGUCGCGAAAAGGAAUGUGCGAAGAAAACAGACGGAACUAGAAAAAUGUCCACCCACGUUGUGUUCACUUAACAGAAUAAAAAUCGAAGACAAACUCGCACUCGACUUGAAUAAUCAAUCGCGGGACCAGAAAGAGAGAGGACAGAGAGAGAGAGAGAGAGGAAGAGAGAGCUGAAUAUUUACAGAGAUUAUUAAACGCAUUUUCUCAGUACACGAGAGGAUGAAGCAUCGAACGUACUUACCGUCUUCCCACAUUUACUGUCGCGAAUUCAUACAUAUAUACAUACAUACAUAUGUAUAUAUACAUAUAUAUAUAUAUAUAUAUACGUACACGUCUGCGACGCGUUUGCAGAAAUCCUAUUUUAUAUUUUACACACUUUGUUUUCACAUAUACAAUUAAAGAAAUGUAUAAAAUAAAGCCACUGUGGAUAUUACUAUAGUGUUUGUUUGUGAAUGUGAAUGAAAUAAAUAUAUAUACUUAUCGCAACGAAUAUAUUUACGACAAUUUUUCUCUGCGAGGUCGCGUUACUGUCCGCGCUACACCAAAUCAGAGAAACGAAUUUGAUUGAUAAAUAAAUGGAAUUUAUUUCAUUUUUCAUUCUUAUAUUUGUAUCAACAGAUUUGUUGAAAUUCGAUCGAAUGCAUAAUUUAAAUAUAUAGAUAUUACAAGUGUACACAAUGUGUGUGCUGGCUGUCAGUCGAUUGUACAUACAUACGUAUAAAUAAUGAAGGCACCAAGAGAAUUAACCAUCAAUAAAUUAUAUGAGCGAAUUUUUAUACACAAAUUCCGAAACACAAUCGGUAAUAAUAAUAAUAAUAAUAAU